GUCAUAGCCUUGAGGCAGAAAACUCUUUGGCUGAGAGGGGCAUGGGGUUGAAUGAUGGCGCUAAUUUGGGGGCUGGCCAUCCCACUGCCAUCUUAUCUCAGCCUUUCACUAUUAUUUGGUCUUCUUGUUUGUGGAUUUUGGGUACUGUUUUUUAGGUAUCAGCAGUUGAAGCAGGUGGCAGCCAAGACAGAGACUUCAGAGCAGGCCCAGAAACUCACAGUUCCACAGUUAGAAAAAAACAUGACGGAUUGCAUCGAAGCUCACAUGACGUGUGUUUCAGGAUUCCCUGUGGGCUGGACCCAGGAAUAUAUACUCUGGUCAAUGGACAGAAGUCUUCAACAGAUCUUCCAACACCUGGAAAAUGCAAGAUCAAGUCUUAUGCAACUGAGUUUGCCUGAACCACCAGAUGCGAUUUCUUCUACCACUUCCUCCGUUCUUGUGGCUCAGGAGGCUGUUCUACCCUAUUGUGACUGCAGAAGGGCAAAAUGUUCCACCAACCACAGCAUCUCCUCUGGAUCAUCAGGCAUCAAUUCCAGACAUUCUCACUUUCCUGCCUUUUCUGAAGGAAAAACCUGGCAAUUCCGGAGCAACAGUUUGCCUGUUUCCCCCAAAAAGCAACCAUCAAUGUUCAAGAACAAAGGCACAUCCCUGCCUCCUUUUCAGUUGUCAGAACCUGAAAAAUCAAAACUUUUACAGAAUUUGGCAACUCUUUCAUCCUUACAAUCUCAAAGUUCUUUUAUCAACUCUAUUUUUGAACCUUUAAAUCUCUGCAAUCAAGAAAAUAUAAAAGAUGCAAGAAGGAGCAAGAGGCAUUUGGCAUCAGACCAUGGGUCAAAUUCAGUUUCCAAGAAGAGACCACAAGUCCCUGGAGAGGCUCCAGUCCGGCUCUCCUCUUUGGCUAGGGGGGAGCUAGAAGGACAUAUGUCUUGGAAAGUUUGUACUUUGCGGGAACAAACAGUACCUCUGCCUGUGAAGGAAUCAUGGGCAUUACUGAAUUACCUAACUGAAGUACAAGAAGGAGUUCCUGAAACAGAAAAAUCUCAAGCCAAGUUAUCUAUGCCCAUUCAUCAAAGCAUAGAGCAAAAUACCAACAAUAAAUCCCCAGACCUUUCAUCAUUUCAGCUCCAUGUGAACAUUGGUGUGGAAUCUGGAUUAAAUAGGACAGAAACAAAAAUUUCACAAUCCUUUAUCUCAGCGAAGCAGUCACAACAUGGGGGUGGCUCCCAAAUUGUUGAAUCCAAGACUUCAUUUAUGUCAAUGGGCACUCCACCUCCCAGAAGUUUAGGAGUAAACAUAAUUGAAGAGGAAAACACUGUAUUGAACAAGGACCCAAAACACAUGCUAGAGCUUAGUAUAGAGCAGAAGGUCAUAGAUCUUAUAGAAGAAAAGCUACAGCAGCAUAAGACACAAGUGACUAAUGUGGAGUUGACCCAAAAGCUACCAUAUCAAGUCACAGAUAACUUAAGGGUAACUCCACUGGCAUUGUUACAGGUCAUGAAUUCAAUGGGGAUGAUUCCAGAAUCACACCCAGAAGCAACCGAAUCAGAUCAAGUUGUGAAACCAACAGAAGCCAUGGAAAGAGUGAGCAUAACCCCAAAACCAUCAAAUCAAAUCACUGAAUCCAUUGAGGUAACCUCAAAUCCUCAGCACCGAGUUAUGGAGUCAAAGAGGAAGGCCUCAGGAGUGUUGAAUCAAGUCACAGAUAAUGUGAAGGUAACUCCUGUAGCAUUGCUUCAAGUCAUGGGAUCUAUGGGGAUUAACAAAUCACAUCCACAUAUCACAGAAACAGUGGGAAUGACCCCAAGGACACCACAAUGUCACGUAAUGGAGUCAGAGAAGAUGGACACAUUGUUGGACCAUCAAGCCAUAAAACCAGAACAGCUGAGUCCAAGGCUACCACAUUCAGUCAUGGAAACUGUUGGAAUGUCUCCAGGGACACAGCAUAAAGUCAUGGAACCAAUGAGCAUGACCUUAGGGUCAUAUAGUCAAGCAAUGGAACAAGUAAAGAUGAAUCCAGGACUAAUAUAUCAGAACAAAAAAUUGUUGGAAAUGAUUUCAACACCACCACAUGAAGUCAUGGAUUACAAAAUAACUCCAGUGGCAUUAUUACAAGCCAUGGACGUCAUGGGGAUAACUCCACCAGCACAGGCACAUGCUAUAGAAUCUGGGGAUUUGACUCCAUUUUCACAGCCACAAAUUGAAAAUCUAACCCCAAUGCCAACUGAACCAGAUGUUUUAACUUGUUACUCUGGCUUUCCCACUUCUACUGCGCCACUAGGAACUGUUGAAUCUGGAGGUUUACCUCCAAAGCUACCAUCUAAAGUCAUGGAAUCAGCAAGGAUGAUUAUAACGCGAUCACAUCAAUCUACACAUUCUCUAAAGACAACUCCAACAGCACUGUGGGCACCCAUGGAAAUGAUUACAGCACCACAGUCACAAGUUGUAGAAUCUCAAGAUUUGACCCCAGGGCCAAUAUCUCAAGUCAAGGAAUCUAAGGAAUUGACUCCAUGGUUACAGAUUCAAGAACUAAACUCUGUGGCGGUGACUCCACAACCCUAUCACCAAGCCACUGAGUCUUCAGCAUUAGCCCCAGAACUUCAUCAGGUCAUAGAUCCUUCCAGAUUGACCCCGCAGCAUCAAAUCCUAGAAUAUUCAGAGAGGAGCCCAAGGUUAAAGCAUAAAGUUAUAGAAAAUAUAGAGUUGACCUCUGACACAUGGGUACACAUGGGGAAAUUUAUACAGUUGACAGAUUCACAGCACCAAAUAAUAGAAUCAUUAGGGACAAUCCCAGGGUCACCAAGUCAAGGUACAGAAUCUAUAGGAAUACGACAAAAUCUACCACAUCAAGUCACAGAAUCUCCAGUACUGACUACUACAUCCCUGUUUCAAGGUGUGAAACAUAUGGGGGUGAAGCCAAUGCCACAACUUGAGGUUAUGGAUUGUUUGAAGCUAUCUCCAGAAUUGCAAAAUGUAAAAUCUGAGAGCCUGGCCCUGGAACCAAAGUUGCAAAGUAUGAAAUCUACAGACAUAACCACAGGUUUAGAUUCACAAAUGGUAAAACAUAGACAGAUUAUCCCAACUGUGGAAACUGUAGAUUUAGCCCCAGAACAUCAACAGGAGAGUGCAAAAUUGGAGGAAUUAGCUCCCACAUUACAACUACAAAGUGGGAAAUAUGUGCAGUCAGCCCCAACGUCUCCGUUUCAAGGUGUGAAAUCUAUCCAACUGACCCUAGGACCACAACUGAAAACUGUAAAAUCUGCUGGGUUAGCUUCAGCACCACAGUUGCAGAGUAGGACAUCUAUAGACUUGACCACCAGUUCACAGAUUCAAGGUAUGGAAUAUGUUCAUUUGGCCCUACCAUCAGAGUUUCAAGGUCUAAAUGCUAUGGAGUUGACGCUAAGACCACUAUCAGAAGACAGAAAAUCUGUAGAGUUGGCCCCAAAGCCAUGGUUACAAAAUAUGAGAUCUGAGAAGGGAGUCCCAGGACUACUGUUUGAAGAUGUGAACACUCCUCAGAUGGGAAAAUAUGGGAAUGCAAUUCCUGAGACACAGGUGCAAGGGAUGAGACAUGGGGAACAGAUCUCAGGGAUACACUUUGAAGCAGUAAAAUCUGUAGACAUGAAUUCAAAAUCAAAUCAUCAAGUUAUAGAAUGUGAAGGACUGACCCCAUGGCAUCAAGCUUCAGAAUAUUCAGCGAUGAUUUCAGAGCCAGAAUAUCAAGAAACAAAAGCAAAUUUGACCUCUGACAAUCAUCACCAAGUGAAAGAAUCCAUUGGGUUGACACAGGUGUCUUCAGGAAUUACCCCAGGGCUAUUAAGUCAAACUUCAGAAUCUAUGGAGAUGAGCUCAAUGUCAUUCCAGUGCACUUCAGAAAAAACACCCCAACUUGUAAAAGCGAUGGGGGAGACUUUAGAGUCACAACACACACAAAAAGAAUCUCUGGAUUUGAUACCAGGAUUAGAGAUGCAGAGUGUGAGAUUAGAGGUGUUGGCCCCACAGCCACAGUCCCAGAGUAUGGUUGUUCAUCUGAAACUAGGACCAUGUUCAAAAGGUACUGAUUUGUCAAAGAUACCCCUCCAGUCAGACUAUAAUGACACAGAAACUGUGGGGACGGAAUUGCCUCAAGUUGAUAAAGGCCUGGGGACCAUUCUAGAACCACCAUAUUCAGAAACAAGAUCUCUGGAGUUGACUCUAGGACUAGGGAUGGGAUAUGAGAAUUCAGAGUCACUACAGCAAAAUUUGAAACCUGUGGAAACAAGCUCUGAGUCAUCCCCCAUCAUGGCAGGCUAUGAAAAGUUAAGUACAGAACCAAAACCGCAUGUUAUGGACUUGACCCCAGAGGCACAGAUCCCGGGAGUCAAGUCUGGUCAAUUGGAUCCAGAGUCACAGCCACAAGAAGCAAAAUAUGUUAAUUUAAUCAAACAAUCAACAAUAGGAGUGGUAGGAUCUGAGAAACUGACACCAGGGUCAGUACAGCAAAGUGAGUUACUGGGGGAAUUGAACAAGGGGGCACAGUUCCAAAAUCUAAGCCCAUGGCAGCCAACUCUCACAUCUUGUGAACUGACUCCAGGGCCACAGUUGCAAAGUGUCAGAUUUUCAAAGCCAUCUCCAGGGCCACUUUUAAAAGGAGAAAAACCUGUAGAUUUAAUCUCAGGGCCCACCCAUCAUGACAUGAAAUCUGAUGAAUUGAUCCCAGAUUCCUCAAUGCAAGAAAGUGAAUUGUCAGGGUCAAAGCAUCAAAGUAUCAAAUUUGAACAGCUGAUUCCAGAAUCACAACCCGAAGGUAUGAGAUUUGUGGAACUAAGCCCAGGACCAGGCUUGCAAGACAUCAAAUCUUCUGAAUUGACUUCAGGGCCAAAGCUUCAAGGUGUCAAGUUUGGGGAGGACAUCCCAAGAUUAAUAGUUUGUGAUGUGAAUUCUGUGCAGGGGACUCCAGAGUUAGGCCUGCAUGAUUCCAAAUUAGUGAAGAUGUCUCCAGGGUUUCAAGAUAUGAAACAGGCUGGGCUUAACUCAGGGCCAUGCUUACAAGAUGUCAAAUUUUUUGAUCUGACACCUCCAGGAACUCAACCUCAAGGUGUGACAUCUUCUGAGUUAAGCUCAGGGCCACAGCUCCAAGGUGUGAAAUUUUUGGAGUUGGCUUCAGAGCCUGAGAGGCAAGGGGUAACAUCUGCUGAAUCAACCCCAAGACCAGAGAAGCAAGGGAUUAAAUUGGAAUUGUUAGAACCAGAGUCACUGUUAAAAGGUAUAAAACUUGUAAUGGUGAACCAAGUGCCAAACGUUGCGGGUAAAAUUUCUUAUAAACUCAUUUCAGAGCCACGGAAAACAGGUAUAGAAUCUAUUGAGUUGAUUCCUGCACCACAUUUGCCAAAGGUAAACCAUUCCGAGUUGACCAGAAGACAAAAGUUACAAGACAAGAAAUCUGAAUUGAUCCAAGGAUCAAAGAUGAAAGUUAUAAAACUUGUGGAGCAGACCCUGGUCUCAAAACUGCAAAGUUUAAAAUCUGAGAAGGUGACUGUAGAGCCACAGGUAGAUAAUACAAAAUCUGUAGAGAUAACCCUAGUCUCAAAAUUUCAAGGUUUAAAACCUGAGAAGCUUACCACAGAAUCACAGCUAACAAAUAAGAAAUCUGUGGUGCUAAGUCCAGGACCAAAGUUAGGAGGUAUAAAAUCUAUGCAGUUAACACCAAAACCAAAGCUAGGAGACAUCAACUCUAUGGUGUUAACCCCAGGGCCACAGGCAGGAGGUGUGAAACCUGGGAAGCUGAUCCCAGGCUCAGAGCAUCAAGGUUUAAAAUCUGAUUUGCUGACAUCAGCAUUACCAUUGGAAGAUGUGAAAUCUGUGGGAUUAACUCUAGGGCCAUGUCUGGAAAGCACAAUAUCUAAGGAGAAAACCCGGAGUCCACAGCCAGAAGGUUUCAAAUCUGUGGAGAUACUCUUGGGAUCACACAUAGAUGUCAAAUCUGUAGAAACUAGCCCUGAUUGCAAGCUUGAAGGUGUGAAAUCUAUGGAAUUGACCCCAAGUUCAAGAAUUCUAGAUUUGAAAACUGUGGAGUUGGUCCCAGGUACACAACUGCAAGAUGCAAAAGCUGUGGAACUGAAACUUGGGCCAGAGAUGCAAAGUGAGAAUUACGCAGCAUUUGUACCAGAGCCAUUGCUUCCAGGUGUUAAAUCCCAAGUGCAAGCCAUGAAACCUAAGGAAUUGAUUUCAGAGUCACAAAUGCAAGAUGUACAAGUUGUGGAGAUGACUCCAAGUUUAAAGCUCCAAAGUUUAAAAUCUGUAAAGAGCACUCCCGAUCCACAGCUGCAAUGCGAAAAAUCUGUGAUGUUGACCUCAAGGCUAAGGAAGCAAGUAGUAAAGUCUGUGAAUAUAACCAGAAAUCAAGGGUUUCAAGGAGCCACAUCUGUGGAUUUAACCCCAAUGCAACCAUUUCAAGAGAGUACACCUAUGGAUUUAACUCCUGGGUCUGAACAGUACAGUCAGAUAUCUACAAACUCACCAGAGUGGAAAUGUGUGAAUUCAGAGCAAUUGAAUAGAGGGUCUCAGUCAGAAGGGGCAAUGUCUUUGGAGUUAAUUCCGGAGCCAAAAUCUAAAGAUGUAGAUCUCAGCUGUGAACUACAAUCGAGAGAUAUUAAAUCACUGGAGUUGGCUCCAGAACCAAAUAUCCAGGAUUUAAAAGCUAAAGAGUUUGAAUGUGAACCACAGUUACAAACUAUGAAAUCCCCCAAGUUGACCCUGGGAUCACAGUUGCACCAAGUGAAACCUCUGGUAUUAAUUUCAGAGCUACAGACUGAAGGUAUAAAAACCGUGCAAUCAAAUGAGGAGCCACAGAGUGGAAGUAAGAAAUCCAUUAAGUGGAUACCAGGGCCUGAGUUCCAGCGGGUGAAAUCUGUAGGCUUAGAUCUUGGGUCGCAAUCUCGAGUCGUCAGACUGGCAGAGUUUAAACCUUCCAUGAAGUUGGGAGGUGUGCAGUCAUCUGAAUUGACUGUAGGGCACAAACUUCAAGAUGUAAAAUCUACGGAGUUUAACUGUGGGCCAGAAUCGCAGGGCGUGAAAACCCCUGAGACGUCCCCAGGAUCACAGCUGCAAACAGAGAAAAUGUUGACAUCGAAUUCAGAGCCACAGCUUCGAGGUGUGAAAACCGCAGGGUUAAAUCAAGAGCCACACCUUGGAAGUACAAAGUCUAUUCAGUGGAUACCAGGCCUUGAGUUCCAAGAUGUGAAAUCUGUAGGAUCAAAUCUUAGGUCACAAACUUUAUGUGUCAAACCUGCAGAUCUGAAACAUACUAUACAGUUAGAAAGUGUGACAUCACCUGAAUUCACUGUAGGGUCCAAACCUCAAGGUAUAAAACCUGUGGAGUGUAAGUGCUGGCCACAGUUCCACUGUGUGAAAACUCCUGAGUUGUCCUCAGCACCAGAGCUGCAAAAAGGUAAAAGCUUGGCUUCAGCCUCAGAGCCACAGCUUCAAUGUACAGAAACUGUGGAACUAAACCAAAAGCCACAGCUUGGAAGUAUGAAAUCUGUCCAGUGGAUAUCGGCACCUGAGUUCCAAAGUAUAAAAUCUGUAGGGUUCAAUACUGGGACACAGUCUCUCAGUGUCAAGCCUGCAGAUCUGAAGUGUUCAACACAGUUAAAAAGUAUGAAGUCAGCUGAAUUGACUGUAGGGUCCAAACUUCAAGGCGUAAAAUCCGUGGAGAGUAACUGUGGGCCACAGAUGCCAUGUGUGAAAACCCCUGAUUUGUCUCUUGGAUCAGAGCUGAAAAAAGAUAAAGUUUUGGCAUUGACCUCAGAGCCACAGCUUCAAUGUACAGAAACUAUGGAAUUAAACCAAGGGCCACAGCUUGGAAGUAUGAAAUCUGUCCAGUGGAUAUCGGCACCUGAGUUCCAAGGUAUAAAAUCUGUAGGGUUCAAUACUAGGACACAAUCUCUCAGUGUCAAGCCUGCAGAUCUGAAGUGUUCAACACAGUUAGAAAGUGUGAAGUCAGCUGAAUUGACUGUAGGAUCCAAACUUAAAGAUGUAAAAUCUAUGAAAUGCAACUGUGGGCCACAGUUGCAGUGUGUGAAAAUCUCUGAGUUGUGCCCAGCACCAGAGCUGCAAAAAGGGAAAAUUUUGGCAUCAACUUCAGAGCCACAGCUUCAAUGUACAAAAACUUGGGGAUUAAACCAAGGGCCACAGCUUGGAAGUAUGAAAUGCAUUCAGUGGAUACCAGGAUCUGAGUUCCAGGGUAUGAAAUCUGUAGGGUUAAAUCUUGGGUCACAAUCUGUAGGUGUCAGAUCUGCAGAUUUGAAGCAGUUGAUAGCGUUGGAAAGUGUGAAGUCAUCUAAAUUGACUAUGGGGCCCAAAUUUCAAGCUGCAAAAUUUAUGGAGUGUAACUGUAGACCACAAUUGCAGCAUGUGAAAAUCCCCGAGUUGUCCCCAGUACCAGAGCUACAAAAGAGGAAAAUUGUGGCAUCGACCUCAGAACCACAGCUUCAUUGUACAGAAACUGGGGAAUUAAACCAAGGGCCACAGCUUGGAAGUAUGAAAUCUGUCCAGGGUAUGCCAGGACCAGAGUUCCCAGCUACAAAAACUGUGCUAAAUCUUGGUUCAGAAUCUCAAAGUCUCAGAACUGUACAAUUGAAACCUUCAACACAGUUAAGAGAUAUGAAGUCAUCUGAGUUGAUUCCAAGGCCAAAGCUCCAAGAUAUUAAACCUUUGACAUCAUUCUGGGAACAUCAACCUCAAGGAUUCAAACUAAUUGAUUUGAAACCUAGGCUACAGUUGAGAAGUAUGAAGUCAGGUGACCCGGUUUCAAGAUCAAAGUUCUGUAAUAUAAAAUCUAUGAAAUUCAAACCUGGGCUACCUUUGCAAGAUAUGACAUCUCCUGAGUUGACCCCAGGACUACAGUUGCAAGAAAUUAAACCUCUAGAGUCAUCCCCUGGAACACAGCUUCAAGGAAUGACGUCUUUAGGGUUUACACAGGGGCCAAAGCUUCCAGAAGUGGAAUGUGGGGUAUUUAACAAAGGAUCACAAUUACACAGUGAUAAAGCUGUAGAAUUGAACUCCCCACUAUACUUGGAAGGUAUAAGAGCGCUUGAGUUGGCUCUUCAGAUGAAGCCUCAAGGUGUGAAAUCUGAGGAACUUAACUCUGGGCUCCAGCAGCAAGGUGUAACAUCUUUUAAGUUGACUCCUGAGACAACACAUCAAGAAACAAAAUUUACAGAGUUAAGCUCCAGCUCACAGUUGAAAAGUAUACCAUUUCCUGAUUUGAUCAAGGGGAUCAAGAUUCGAGGUGUCAAAUCUACAGACUUCAAACCUGGGCCAUGGUUGCAAGAUGUGAAAUCUUGUGAGUCAAUGCCAAGCACAAAGCUUCAGGAAGUGAAAUUGCUGGAAUCCACCUCAGGUCCACAGCUGCAAGAUGUGAAAUCUUCUAGGUUGAUCGUGGGUAUAGAGCUUAAAGAUGAAAAAUGUAUGGGUUUCUCUUCUGGACCACAAUUACAAAGUGUGAGAUCUUCUCCAGUGAUUCCAGGGAGAAAACUUCGAAGAAGAAAUUUUGUAGAAUUCAAACUUAGACCAAAGUUACAAGGUGAUUUGACUCUGAGGAGGAAGCUUCCAGAUAUGAAAUCUGUGAAACUGAAUUCAAGCCCACAGUUACAAGACAGAAAAUCUCCCGAGCAGAUAAUGAACAUAAAGCUCCAGGGUGUAAAAUCUAUGGAUUUCAGUUCUCAAACACACCUUAAAGGAAUGAAAUCCUCUGAGGCAAUACAAAAGACAAAACCUCAAGAUACAAAAUCAGUGGACUUCAACUCUGAACCACAAAGUGAAAAAUCUUCUGAGUUUAUUCAAGGGACAAAGCUUCAAGAUGUGAACCAUGGCCCAGUGUUACGAAGUAUGACAUCCUCAGAAUUAACACCAGAAAUAAAGCUUAAAAGUGGGGAGUGUGUGGAGUUUAGCUCAGGCCCACAGUUGCAAGAUGUUAAAUAUUCCAAGUUGAUUCUGGGUACAAAGAUUCAGGAUGCAAAAUCUAUGGAGUUCAGUUCUGGACCACCCUUGCACAGUGUGAAAUCUUCUGAAGUGGUCCCAGGGUCAGAGAUGCAAAAAGCAAAACCUCUGGGAUUCAUGCUGGGGCCACUGUGGCACAACAUGACAUCUUUAGCGUUGACAUUAAGUAAGGUACAAGAUAAGAAAUAUAUGGGGUCCAACUCAGCUCUACAAUUACCAGAUAGGAAAUCUAUGUGGACACCAGAGAGCCACCCUCAACAAGAAAUGAAACUCAUGGGAUUCGAUCCUGGGACAAAGUUACAUAGUAUCAAAUCUGAGUCAACAAACCUGCAAACAAUGGAUUCUACUGAGGUCAAUCUUAACAAAGAAUCGCAGGUUGCAAAACUCUCUAAUUUGGCCUUGGAAUCAAAGAUUCAUGGGAGGCUACCUUCUGAAUUCGAUGCUGGAAAGCAGCAGCAAGAUGAGAAAUCUUGUAAAUGUAUUCAAGGGCCAGAGUUUCAAAGUGAAAAAUGUAUGGUGUUUAAUCAAGGGCCACAUUUACAACAAAAGAAAUCUUCUGAAUUAUGUGAAGGAACAAAGUUUCAAGGUGUUAAAGCUAUGGACUUCAAUUCUGAGCAACAGCUGCAAGAAGUGAAAUCUCUUGAGUUAUGCCUGGGAACAAAGCUUCAAGGUAUGGGGUGUUUAGACUUUCACCCUGGGCCAAAGCUUCAAGGGACAAAAUAUGAUCAACCUCUGAAAUUCGAGCAUGUACCUAAAUUGCAAGCAGAGAAACCACCUGAACUAAAUCCAAGGCCACAGAUUCAGUGUAAAAACUUAAUGACAUUCAACACUGGGUCACAGUUACAAGAUGUAAAAUCUUUUGAGUUGAACCCUAAGUCAGAUCAAGGAAUAAAACCUGAAGUGUUCUGCCUUGGACCACAUUUGCAAGGUGUGAAUUCUGCUGCAUCCAUUCCAGAGCCACAGUGUCAGCGUGUAAACUCUACUGGAUGCAACCCUAGACCCUAUUUACUAGAUGUUAAUUCUUCUGCAUCCAUCUCAGGCCUAGAGCUUCAGUGCGUAAACUCAACUGGGUGCAACCCUGGGCCAUGUGUACAAAGCAUGAAUUCUUCUGCAUUCACUCCAGGGACACAACGUCAAUGUGUAAAUUCUACUGGUUGUAACUCCAGACCGCAUUUUCAAGGCAUGAAUUCUUUGGCAUGUACUCCAGAGCCACAACUUCAAUGUGGCAACUCUAGUGGGUGCCAACCUGGACCACACUUGCAAGGCGUAAUCUCCUCCACAUGCAAUCCAGGGCUACAACAUCAGUGUGUAAAUUCUACUGGGUGCCACCCUGAGCCACAUUUGCAAGAUGUGAAAUCUUCUGCAUGCAGUCCAGGGCCACAACAUCAGUGUGGCAACUCUAGUGGGUGCCACCCUGAGCCACAUUUGCAAGAUAUGAAUUCUUCUGUGUGCAGCCCAGGGUCACAACAUCAGUGUGUAAAUUCUACCGGGUGCCACCCUGGGCCACAAUUGCAAGGUGUGAAAUUUUCUGCAUGCAGUCCAGGGCCACAACAUCAAUGUGGCAACUCUAGUGGAUGCCACCCUGAGCUACAUUUGCAAGAUAUGAAUUCUUCUGUGUGCAGCCCAGAGCUACAACAUCUGUGUGUAAAUUCUACCGGGUGCUACCCUGGGCCACAUUUGCAAGGUGUGAAAUGCUCUGAGCAGACUCAAGAGCCAAAGUUUCUAGAUGUAGAACCUAUGGAAUGUAACUCUGGGCCACCAAGGCAGUAUAUGAAUUCUUCUGAGUUAAAUCUAAAGCCAAAACCACACUGUAUAAAUUCCAUGGGAUGUAAACCUGAGUCACACUUGCAAGGUGUACAUUCUUUGGAACCGACUUCAUGGAUGAAAUGUCAAGGUAUGAGAUCUUCUGAGUUGCGUCCAGGGCCAGAGCUUCAAGGCACAGAAUCAGUUGUGUUCAACCCUGUGUAUCAUUUACAAGAUGUAAAAUAUGUAUUGACUCCAGGGACAAAGUCUGAAGGUACAAUGCCAAUGGAGUUCAAAUGUGGCCCACGGAAGCAAGGAAAAAAUUCUUCUGAGUUGAAUUCAGAGUCAAAACUUCAAUGCAUGCAUUCUAUAAAGCUUAAUCCAGGUCCACAAGUACAAGGGAUAAAACCCUCUGAAUUGAACCUGGGGUCCGAAUCUCAAAAUAAAAAAUCCAUUCUAUGCAACUCUAGACCACACUUGCAAGAUGGGAAACCCUCUGAGUUAACUCCAGGGACAAACUUUCAAGGAGUCCAAUCUAUAGAGAACCACCUUGGGUCCCAGCAGCAAGUUACGCAACCUAUGUUCACUUUGGGUCCUCGGUUGAAUGUGAAAUCUGUGCUGUUUUUACCAGAGCCACUGCUUGAAGAUGUAAAGUCUGCAGAGAUGAACAAACAGCCAUUGCUUUGUGGUGAAAAUUCUGUGAAACUGAUUCCAGGCUCUAGGCUUCAGGACUUGAAAUGUGAACUGUUUGUACUAGAGCCAUAUUUUAAAAAAGUAAAAUCUGUGGAGUUAAAUACAGAACCGCAUCCUCCAGGUGUGAAUUCUGAGGAGUUGCCUUCGCACCUCAGGCAGCAGAAUAUGGGAUCUAUGGUGUUUGUACCCAAGCCAUGUUUUCAAGAUUUGACAUCUCUAGAGUUGAAACUAAGGCCACAGUCUCAAGAUGUGAAUUCUAAGAAGCUGAUUUCUUGUAUCAGUGAGAAAUCUACAGUGUUUAUAUCAAAGCCACAUUCUCAAGAUGUAAAGUCAAACUUAUGGCCACAAUCUCAAAAUGUGAAUUCUUUACGGUUGACAUCAUGCCUCAGGUCACAAUGUAUUAAAUCUGUGGUUGUUACACCAAAGUCAUGUUUUCAAAAUGUAAAACCUGUGGAGCUGAGUCCAGGGUCCCAUCAGCCAGGUAUAAAUUACCAAGAAUUGAUUUCAGGUCAGCAAGGUGUUAAAUCAGAGGCGAUGGCACCAGCGUCAAGCAGCAAGUUCUUACCAGGACCAAUAUUGACUAGUGUUAAAUUCUCAGAUUUGCCUGCAGAAUCACAGCAGCAGCGAGUGAAAUCUUCGGAGUGUACUCCAGAGCCAAAAUUACAAAGCAUAAAACAUGUAAAAUUGUCUUCAGUAUCUCUGCAGCAAACUGUAAAGUCUGUGCAGUUAGCACAGCCACCAAUUCAAAGAGUGAAAUCUGAGGAGCAAACUCUAAGAAAAAGUUGUCAAGUCACAGAAUCCUCUGAAAUAAUCCCUAAACCACAAAAUCAGUUUGUAGAAUAUGUAGAGAUGAUCCCAAAGCCAAGGCAUCAAGUCCUUAAAUCUGUGAAUUUGACUUCAGUACCAAUUAAUGAAACCACAGAGUCUUCAGAAAUGGCAAAAGGGUUGGCACAUACAAGAUUAGAAACUAUAGAUAAAACCAUGAGGUUGACCCCAAAGCCUACAGGCAAAGCCAUGGAAUCUUCAGGUGUACCUCUACAAUUAGGUCUUCAAGUGCCAGAAUUUGGUGAUCUUACUCUGAUGCUAAGGGGUCAGGGCUCAAAAUCCUUGGACUUAACCCCAGGGAAAAGCAACCAAAUUCCAGAAACUCUGGCAUUGCUCUCUCAGUCAUGUCCUCAGGUUAAGGAUUUGGAGAAGUUUUAUAAAAGACCACUGCAGCAAGUUGUGAAAUCUGAAAGGAUGACUCCAGAAUGCAAACAUCACAUUCCAGAAGCUAUGGGGUUGACUUCUAUACCAAGGUUGCAAGGGAAAGAAUUCCUUGGAAUGACUCCAAAACCAAUAAAUCAAACCACUGAUUGUGCAGAGAGAGCUCCAAGGCCCUAUCCUCAAGAUUUAGAACCUGCUGGGGUAAUAUCUGAGAAAAGAUGGCAAAAUGAAGAAUCUGUAGUAUUGAUUCCAAAGUCAUUUCAUCAUACCCCAGAUUCUACUUCAUGGAUGACACCAGGACUAGGAUAUCAUGCUGUAGAGUUAACUUCUGAGACAGGGCUGCAAGUGAAGGGACCUAAAGAAUUUAUCCCAAGGUCACAGCAUUAUUUGGGCUCUUCAAGGCUAACAUUAGGGUUAGGACAUCAAGUCUCAGAAUCUCUAAGUUUGACCUCUAAGCAGAAGCUGCAAAUGGAGGAAUCUUUAGAGUUGCCCCCAAAGCAAGAAAGUCAAGCUAUGGGACAUGCAGAAUCCAUGGAGCUCACCUCUGACACAUGGCAGCAAGGAGAGGUAUCAAAGAGCCUAAGACAGUCACAGAAUCAAAAUAUGAAACAUUCAGGACCAUUGGAUAAAAUUAUAAAAUUUGUAAAGGUUAGUCCAAAGCCACUAUAUCAAGUCACAGAAUCUGCAAGGGCACAGCAAGUUGCUCAAUCAGUAGGAACAAUAUCAGUUCCUCCCCCACAAAUUGUUGUAUCUGUGAAAGCGAUCCAUGGACCACCAGUGCAAGUUGUAAAAUCUGUGACAACACCACAAACAACACUUCAAGUGGAAGAAAAUGUUAAGUUAACCCCAAAGCUUCAAAAUGUGAGAGCUUCAGAGUUUACCUCAAGGCUAUGGUUACAAAACAUGAGAUCUAAGAAAUUAAACACAGAGCCAACACACCACAUUUUGGAAACAAUGGAGUGCACAGGGUUUCAAAUCAUAAAGACUGUAUUAACACCAGGGCCAUUACUUCAAACUGUGAAAUCUGAGAAAUUAUCACCUGGACCAAUUCCUCAGGUUGUAGAACCAACAGGAGUAGCUCUAAGAUCAGGGCUUGAUGUAAUAGAUUGUUUGGAUUUACUCCCAAGGCCAUAUUUUCAAGAACUGGUAAAACCUGUAGAAUUAACUCCAAGGUCAAAUAUUCAAGUGAAAUCUGAAAAAUCAACCUCACAACAAACAUCUCCACUUGAGAAGCUUACAAUAAUGACUCAUGAACAAAAGCUUCAAGCUGUGAAAUCUAUGGGAAUAAAAAUUGAGUAUCCUAAAGUCAUGGAAUCUGAAGAUUUGGAUGGAAGACAGAUGUGUCAGAAUAGCGACUCUGAGGAAUUAAUGUCUGAGAAAGAGUUGCAAAUAGGGAAUGAUUUCAGUAAUUUCCCACACAGCUCUUCAACAUCACUUAUUUCAAGCUCUGUCAGAACAUCUGAAUUAGGAAGUCUUCAGCAAUCUGGGAUGCUAGGUGUACCAACAACUUUGGAUAUAAAAAACUUCAGGACAGAUAUUUUGCAGCCUGAAGAGUCCUGUACAGAUCCUACAAUGAUACAGUCUCCUAUCCUCCCAUCAGCCCUUCAUAAUCAACCCUAUGAUAAGACAACUAGUUCUAUGGAAACUCCAUGUCCUGAGAUCCCAGGAGAGGAUGUAAUAUCCAAGGAGAGAAUUAAAAGGAAGCAACUAGAGGAGUUAGAGAACUCACUACAGAAUCUCUCCCGACAUCUACCACAAAGCUGGAGGUCACCACCUAGGACAUUUCAAGGGGGACCAGGGGGUCAAAAAGGCCCUACCUCGUCUUUCCUGGGCAGACGACAGAAUGUCUGGGAGAAUCAUGCCUGUAUGCAGCGACUACCUAGAAAAUAUCUUUCUACUAUGCUAAUGCUAGGGAAUGUCUUGGGGACCACUAUGGAGAAGAAGCUUUGUUCUCGAACAUGCUUAGCAGAAAGAGUCACUGCAGAUACCUGUCAAUCUGUUCAGAAUUUAUUUGGGGUUCCAGCUGAACUGAUGGAAUUUUCUCAGAGUCUCCUAGAGAAGGGUCCUGGUGCUGUUUCUCAGCCUUCAGUGGUCAAAACCUACAUUCAGAGGCACACUUUAUGCCCUGGUCAUGAGAAAAGAAUGACCUUAAGGAUGUGGACACGUGGCUCCACAUCUUCCAUAAUACAACAAUACUCUGGGACUAGAUUUGGAAUAAAGAAAACAAACUCAAGGCUCAGUGAUACAUCCCAGGAAGUCAUUCAGCACAUGGCUAUCUCAUGUGCAGAGGGCCAGCCUCCUGACCCAGUAAAGUCAGAGUCUUCCCUCAGGAUAUUUUACAAAAGGGAAGAGCCUGUCCCUGUGGAAGAGAGCGAGAACUCACAGAGUGACUCAGAAACAAGGACUUUUGAGUCUCAACACUCUCUAAAGCCAAGUUAUCUUCCCCAGGCCAAGACUGACUUCUCAGAGCAGUUCCAAUUACUACAAGAUCUGCAGCUAAAAAUAGCAGCAAAACUCUUAAGGAGUCAAAUACCCCCCAAUGUGCCUCCUCUAGCUUCAGGUCUAGUCCUAAAAUACCCUAUCUGCCUACAGUGUGGCCGAUGUUUGGGAUUUAAUUGCUGUCAUAAAUUACAGACCACUUUUGGGCCUUAUCUGCUUAUCUAUCCACAACUCCACCUUGUAAGCACUCCAGAAGGCCAUGGAGAGAUUCGGUUGCAUCUUGGCUUUAGGUUGCGAACUGGAAAAAGAUCCCAAGUCUCAAAGUAUUGUGGAAGAGAAAGACCUGUCGCACAAAAGAAUCCUGUACCAGCAUCACAAAGGAAAGGUAAAAUCGAUACUCAAGCUUCCAAGAGUCCUGCUCCCACAAUAGAUUUCCAAUCCGGGUCUUCCCAGUCUCCUGCUCCUGUACAAGUCCACAUCAGGCGAAGGCAAUGUGACAGUCCAGAGCUGGUAAAAAAGAGAAACAUUGGAGACCCUGGGCACUAUGACUUCAUUCAAGUUCACUCUCUAUCAGACAGUGCCUCUGAAAGCGAUCAGGAUGAAAAAUGGGUUAGAGUGAGAACCAAAAAGACCUCUGUUUCAAAGUAUCCCAAGAAAAGACUCACUAAGAGACUUAGAACACAAAACACAAACAGCAGAACCACAACAGAAAGUCCCUGUGCAGAAUUACCAGCCCCUCCAAGGAGGAAGAGGACUGGAACAGUUCACACAAGCUCUGCCUCUCUAAAAAGACAAUCUAAGAAAUCUUCCCAACCCAGGUUCAUGCAAUUGCUGUUUCAGGGCCUAAAGCAGGCAUUCCAAACAGCACACCGAAUUGUAGCUUUUGUUGGACAGAAGCCCGGGGACAGGACAAUGCCAGACAGUUUGCCGUCAAGCAAAAACUGCCAUCCAAAACAAAAAGCCAGGGCCCAUCACUUACCGAGAGCUAACAAAAGAGACAAGAUGCCAGUUGGCACACAAAAGCCAACAGGUGCUGCCACUAAGCAGGAGCCCACGCCCUCAGGAGGAACAGAUCCAUGCAGUUCACCUGAAAGGCCAAAAGGAGCGCAAGCUCUCCAAUCCAGCCCUCUCCAGCUGCCUGAGCCCAGAGUUUCCCAAAGAGAUCUCAGUCUCCAGGCUACGGCCGUCAUCCAGCCUCUGGAUACAGUUCAAAACGACAGUAGCAGCAGAGCAAAGAAAAGGUUCUGCAGAAACGAAACCAGGCAGGGGUCUAAGGACUUGCCCCAACCAGGAAGCAGAGUUCAGGCUCGAGGGAGGACCCUACCUGGUCACCCUAGGAAGAGAGUCUCACCCUGUGAGGAGAAGCCCACAGCCCAAGAGCGCAACCCCCGCGGCUGCUUCAGGGAGAGGCUCUCCCGACAUUGCUCCGAGGGGCACUUACACAGUCCCUCCGAGAGGAGCCAGCGCAGCCCCUCCGAGAGGACCCUUCGCAGUCUCUCGGAGCGCAGCCACCGCAGUCGCUGUCGGAGAAACCAUCGCAGUCCUUCCGAGAGAACCCUGCAAAGUCUCUCGGAGAGAAGACACCACAGUCCCCGGGAGAGGCGCCCUCACAGCCCUUCGGAGAGAAGCCGAGGCAGCCCCUCCGAGAGGAGACAUCGCGGUCCCCGAGAGGGGGUCCGCCACGGUCCCUCAGACAGGAGCCCCCGCUGCCCCGCAGACAGCAGCCGCCUCGCCCCCUCAGAGGGGAGCCUUGGCAGCGCCUCCGAGAGGAGAGGAUUCAGCUACUGUGGGAGGAACCGGCACGCUCCCCCCGCGAUGAGGCAGCUCAGGCUUUCUGAGAGGAGCCGGCGCAGUCAGUCGGAGAGAACGUAUCCCAGCCCCACCGAGAGGAGCCGCCACAGCCACUCGGACAGGAGCCGGCGCAGCCACUCCGAGAGGAGCGGGCGCAGCCACGCGGAGAACAUCCCUCCGAGUCCCGCGAAGGAGAGACCCCAGCACGGUUCCCCUAAGGAGAGGCCCAGGCACAGUCUGUCUAAAGAUGUCAAGAGUUGCUCAAACACGUCUCCCAGGAGCCACACGGAAAAACCUCAAAGCAGGGCAAGUUUGGAGGCCUGAAAUGAGUCGCUGAGGAGAGAUCGCCCCUGUUGCUCACUGUCUCCCUCGAGUUUCGCUGACCUGCCUUUUCCUGGCUUCCUUCCUGCCCCCUCCGCCGUGGAAGGGCUUCUGCUCUCUCUACCUGAGGGGAGGGGGGGUGAGAAGGGGUCUGUAAUUUCUCUAAAAUCAAUAAAGGGGCCAAACUUGAAAUCUAUGUGCCUUUAGAAGACCACUCGUGGGGUGGGUGGAGAACGGACGGUCCCAAGGUGGCGUGCGAACGGAUGCAACAGGAGAGAGAGGUCCCG